AACCCUGGGAAGGACUGGGAUCACACCAGAUACUGUGAAGAUAUUAUCGAGGAAUGGACAGCGGAAAUGAAAAACACCCCUUGUGGAUUCGUGCGCGAGUGGAUCAAAUCAUUGAGCUGGAUCGUUCGCAAGACACCUGCCAAAGCCAUCGUUACGUGGCUAGAUCAGGACGACAAGCUUUCCGUCCGCCUUCUGACGCACACGGUCAAUAUCAAGCAGUAUCACGCCGCAUGCCAGUCAACUCUUCAAGACUGCAUCUCCCACGUUCACGCCAAAGUACUUUUCAAUAUCUCACUCCCACAAUCCAGCUUUGAGGUGCCGUCAGAAGAUGAUCAAAAUGAGGACACCAGGGGCUAUGGCCUGUUUUCGUUCUCCCUUGACGUUAAUGACUCGGACCUCGGAGAUUCUUCAGUCCUACUCAACUCUCUCUCCAAUCUUGGCACCCUGUGUCGAUGGGACGAUGCAACCAAUAGCAUCAGCUGGGACACCGCCAUGCUCAGCCAGUGGUUGGCCGAUGUGUCCCUAGCUUGGGAGUAUGUCUAUCUGCUGAUGCAUUUGUUGGCUCUUCCGGCACGCGGUACUGAGGAAGAAAUGUGGCAACAUGCCAAUGGGCGAGAAUCCGGAAGACAUCUUUUUUUCUCAAACAAGCUUCAGACCCUGGUCACGAAAAGCAACUACAACAAAUCCUAAUAUUCUAAGCCGGGGUGGA